AUGAUCAGCAAACCAACAGGCUUCCCAGAUGUUCAUGAACUGGUUCUUUCAAAAGAGGAGUUCAAGAAAAAAGAACUGAACAAAGAAGAUGUUUACAAAGGAACCAUCUUAAACAGGAAGCCUGGUGACUCUUCACACAUAACAGAUAAUGAGCGCUUCCUCCAUGACGUCAUCGCUGAGGAACCUGAGAAGGAAAGCUUCACUGCCGUCGUUAUUACCGGAGUCUGCACUGAGCACAUCAACUUCCUGAAACAACAUUUUGACGACUGGGCCCGAGAGCUAGCGCACAUUUAUCACUAUUACAUCCAUGGAGUCAAUGGAAAUUGCUCAAGUAGUGGCUCUCAAAGAUCAGAUGAGCUUCCAAAAAUCGACAUUGUGGUAACUUUACAAGAGAAGACUCCUAAAAUUUCACGUGUGAUGAAUCUCAGAGAAGUGGAAGACGACAUGCAGACUUUGUACAUCAACACUGCUGUCAACACUUUUGAGUUCAGGGCCACUACCUCAGACAACGGCACUGUGGAAGGGGUCCUUCGGUAUCACCCGUUCCUCUAUGACAAGGAGACUUACCCUAAAGAUCCAUACACGGCUCAUGCUCCUGUUGAUGAUGAUGAUAAUGAAAAUGAGUCUGGCAACCUGAAUCAAGCAAGAGGGAAAAGGGACGUCUUUGAAUGUUUCUGGAAUGGACGGCUCAUCCCUUACACCACAGUUUCUGA